UUUAAGCUUCGAGACACAUAGGGCACUGUACAACAAACUCCAGCUCCAGAGGUGAGUGGAGAUGGUCCAAGACUGGUUAAACUUUCACCCAUCUUGGCAAGACAAUCAUUUCAGCUGGGAAUCUGCAUACUGGCUCAUACUAUGGCAAUUUUCAUUGAGUCAGCUCAGUGCCCAUAUUGAUGACUCCCUCAUACGGUGUUUGAAUGCCUCUUUGACCUACUCUAACUUGAUACUUUUUUACUACACUUGGACGACACAAAUGACUCUGCAUUCUUAUAAACAUGAUCACAUAUUGAAAAGUACAUAGGCUUAGGAUUUAGAAGCACUUGCCUUUAGCAGAUUUGACCAUUUACACAUUAGAGAGUUGUUAUAAUCAGAGAUAUAUGAAAAGCAUCGGGCCCUUUGCCUAACAUUUGAUAAGCAUUCAGUAAAUUAUAGUCUUUGUUGAUAUUCUUUUUGUUAUUUGUCAUUACUCAGAACUCAGAAAUUCAGAUAUACUGAAAUUCCCUUCUCUAAUAAUAGCCACUUUUUUUUGCCUGAUUGAAUUCAGAAAAUUUUACCUUCACCCUCAUUCCUUGUUUCAAAUCUCAUCUCAACUUCUAGUCUCCUUCUCUGAGUUAUUCUCAUAAUGUUCCUAUACAUAUUUUUAAUUUAAAUGUUUAACUUCUUUUGGUCUCUUCCUAAACAUAACAUGUCCUAGUCUAAACUUUCAAUUUUUACCCUCCUUCAUCCCCACUAUCCUCCUCUCUAGUUUUGUUAAUAGCAUCACCAUCAACUCAGUUACCUUGGGCUAAAACUCAGAAUCCUCUUCCACUCCUCUCUUUACCGUAGUCCAUCAGCAACUCCUGGAGGCCCUGCUUUCCAAACCGUGUCAUGCCCCUGACCACUCCUAAUCCUCUGCAGUGUCACCUCCGCUGUCUAAGCCGGCGUCAGCUCUCACCUGGAUUGCUGCUGCCAUCCCUCACUGCUCCUUGCUUCUACUCUUUCUCUCGGUGUAUGGUGUCGAUCAGAUCUGAUCACUCCACUGACUGAAUCCUCCAGACUUCCCAGUACCAAAUACCGAAAAUGCCAACCACCUUGCCAUGGCCUUCAGAUGAGAUCAGACCUCUCUGUCUCCAUGUCUUACCUCAGUUCCCUUCACUCACAGUGGCCCAGUCACUCCUAACUGCUUUCUUUUUUCCUCCCGUCAAUAUCUCAAGCUCACUGCCAUCUCUGACCCUUUGCACUAAUUUCCUAUCUUCCUAGAACUCUCUUCCCACAAUUGUAGUGUAAUGUUUAUUUUUCAUAGUUCAAACAGCUCAAAGGUCACUUCCUGAGGCAGGCUUUCCCUGACUCUCCUAGAACUAACCAUCCACGUUUCUCUUAAGCCUCUUACAUUGUUUUCCUCAUAACUGUACUAUCUAUAAAGUUAAACUUCAACAUUUCUUGACAUGUUUUUAAAAAUCUCAUCCUACUACAAUAUAAACUGCAGCACAGUAGGCGACAGAGUGUCUGCUUCACUGCUGUACUCUCAACAUCUGUUUAGUGCCUCGUACAUAAUAGGAUUAAUUGGAAUUCUUCAAAAUGUCAGCUGUAGUGCCCACAGCCCCUGAACAGCCUGCAGGUGAAAUGGAAAAUCAAACAAAACCACCAGAUCCAAGGCCUGAUGCUCCUCCUGAAUACAAUUCUCAUUUUGUACCAGGACCCCCUGGAACAGCUGUCCCUCCACCUGCAGGCUACUCAGGAGGCUUGCCUAUGGGAUACUACAGUCCACAGCAACCCAGUACCUUCCCUUUGUACCAGCCAGUUGGUGGUACCCAUCCUGUCCAGUAUCAGCCUGGCAAAUAUCCUGUGCCAAAUCAGCCUGUUCCAAUAACAUGGAUGCCAGGGCCAACUCCUAUGGCAAACUGUCCUCCUGGUCUGGAAUACUUAGUUCAGUUGGACAACAUACAUGUUCUUCAGCAUUUUGAGCCUCUGGAAAUGAUGACACGUUUUGAAACUAAUAAUAGAUAUGAUAUUAAAAACAACUCAGACCAGAUGGUUUACAUGGUAACCGAAGACACAGAUGACUUUACCAGGAAUGCCUAUCGGACACUAAGGCCCUUCGUCCUCCGGGUCACUGAUUGUAUGGGCCGAGAAAUCAUGACAAUGCAGAGACCCUUCAGAUGCACCUGCUGUUGCUUCUGUUGCCCCUCUGCCAGACAAGAGCUGGAGGUGCAGUGUCCUCCUGGCAUCACCAUUGGCUUUGUUGCGGAACACUGGAACCUGUGCAGGGCCGUGUACAGUAUCCAAAAUGAGAAGAAAGAAAAUGUGAUGAGAGUUCGUGGGCCAUGCUCAACUUAUGGCUGUGGUUCAGAUUCUGUUUUUGAGGUCAAAUCCCUUGAUGGUGUAUCCAACAUCGGCAGUAUUAUCCGGAAGUGGAAUGGUUUGUUGUCAGCGAUGGCAGAUGCUGACCAUUUUGACAUUCACUUCCCACUAGAUCUGGAUGUGAAGAUGAAAGCCAUGAUUUUUGGAGCUUGCUUCCUCAUUGACUUCAUGUAUUUUGAAAGAUCUCCACCACAACGUUCAAGAUAGAGAGACACAGCAAAGCCAUCAACUAUGGUUAAUUUUGAAAAAUGGAAAAGUUGGAUUGGGCUUAUAGUUAAUACUCAGUUAUUUGCAAGUGUAUUUCUUUGCUUUGUAGAGUAUUUUUAUUGGGUGUUAACUUUGACAGCUGAGAGUGUGCUUGCAAGAACACAAUCUAAAAGUGUGUUGCAAUUGAGUGUCUCUCUAGUAGAAUAGGAGUUCAUCCUAAAAAGCUGUGACUCAUUAACCCGGUAAACAUAUACAAAGUAAGCUUAAAACACUAUAAACAUGAGAUAAGGGAAAAUGAAUCCAGAGUUCUCCUAUUAAUAGAUAGUGAAAUAAUAAGGCUUUUUAGAGCAAACUUUGUUGGGAUAAAACAACCUGGCUCUGUCCCUAACCCUUUCCUACCUUCCCUGUCCGUCAACAUGUCCCCCUACUGAAGACAAACUUGUUUCAAUGAUAGUCUUCAUCUUUAAAAACAAAAAGGCAGGCAGACAGAAAUAAUUAUGUUUUCUUGUACUAAGAAGGUACUACUUAUACACAUGUAUCAAAACCUCAUUCUGCAAAGUUUUUGAAGGUUUCAGUGGGAAAUUUGAUUUUAUUACGAAAUAAAACAUUUCAUUAAUGUUAAGGUUUAUAUAUUCCACACCUGUUUUCUCAUUUACUGGCAGGAUGAUCAGGAGCUGCCUAUGUGUGAAGGCAGAAUCAGACUAUCAGGAAAGGAGCUGGCUAGGGCCACAGCCAAUCAAGAUCUCUGAGCAACUUAGAACUUUGGUGUCAUUAUAUGAAGCUUGCAUUUAAUACAUUUAUACAUAAUACAUUUGUAAAUUCAUAACCUCUCUUGGUCACAGACGCCUUAUAUACAAAAUAAGUUCCCAAAUCUCUAAGAUUGCCUGGUACACCUUUUUAUCUCAUUUGAUGUGAUACCUAGAAGAGAUGAUUUUUUUUUUUUUCAAGAAGAUACUUGGUGAUUGCCAUGCUGUUCUCAUGGUAAGAACUGGAGUUACAAUUUUAAAUUUGGAAAUAUGACAUUUUAUGUAGCACUUUAUAAAAAGUGAAAGCGACAAAGUCCACUGCUGCUUAAUACUGCUUUACUUCUUUUUAUUGACGUGAUAGAUAAAUAUGUAUAUACACAGAGUAAUAAUAAUAAAACACAGCAAACAUUCUAUUUCUCUAUGGUCUACAGCAUGCCAUAAAUAAUAUGUAGGACCAAUAAUAAAUUAUCAAUUACACAUUUUUGUGUUAACUAGUUAAAAGCAUAGUGUAUAAGUGACUACACUUUAAUUAACUUGCUUCUGUUGCACUUUAGUUUUCUACCUGCAUAUGGACUGCAUUUUUUCAACACAGUCAGUAUGUAGAAUGGGAUGUAUUCUGCUGCUGCUGCUUAUUAAAUAAAGCCUGAGUGUUCUUAGAUGGGGUUAUUCUGAGAUGAGGGUCUUAGCCUACAGUUCUUUUUGAAAUGAAAGAAAGGUGCUUGGUUUUUUAAUUAUAUUCAUCUUUUCAGGGUAAAUUUGUUUUGCUGAGUUUCUUGUAAUGCUCAUUUUUACAUGCUGCUACUAGCUUUUUUUAAAAAAAAGUAAAAGUUGCUGCUUUCUAAAAUAUUAAUUGCCUUAUAUUUGAAAGUGCCAUUGUAAUCGUAAGUAGACUAUGUAUUUCCUAUAAUGAUGUCUGAUAUUUAAAUAGGAAAUCAGGCAAACAAUAUUCACAAAGUUUAAUCAUAUAAACUUUUUAUUUUUAACUUGCCUGAAUCCCUAUAUUCCAAAACCUGCUGCAUCAUAAUAAAUACAUCUAUAUAUGUUUAGCAUAAGAUGUGAUAUUUUACAUUUCUUUUUGAAAAAAUUAUAUUUGUGUCUCUUAGAGUUAAAAUUUUCUUUCUUUAUAAAAUAUUGUCAUAUGUCAUAGUUUUAAUACAAUUCACAUAAUUUCUAUAUUUCUUAAUGAUAUUGUGUAAAAUUGAUCAGGUUGAUUAAAAAAACUCUGGAAUUUGUGCUUUCAUGCUUUUUCAUAUUGUUUAUGGCUUUUAAAUAAAUAUACAAUGCUUCAUAGUAAAA